AUGCUGGAGCUCUCAGUAAGUCUCAGUCUCAUGCUAAUUCUGUGGCUGUCCACGGCGCCCAUGACUUGGGGUCACCCAGUUCCGCCGUCAAAGGUAGCUGGAAAGCCUGAUUACUUCCUUGUCCUGCUAAACAGCUGUCCGAGCAGGUUGGAGAGGAGCGAGGGACUGAGUCUGCCAAAGCCCAUUUCGGAGAAGGCAUUUAUGAAAAGGUCCUUCCGCAACGGAGUUGGCACCGGCAUGAAAAAAACUUCCUUUCGAAGAGCAAAACCCUGA